AUGCAGCAGCUGCUGCGCAGUCACCAGACAAGGGGGGCCCCCGAGGGCACUGCCGGGGGGCCCCUGGGGGGCCCCCCAGACCCUUCUUUGUUGGCUUCUUGCCUAAGAGACGCAAUAGUACAGAUACUCUUAGGGUCUCAAACGUUGCAAGGGCCUCAAGAGGGGGGCCCCCAGGGGGGCCCCCGGGGGGCCCCCCAGGGGGCCCCCCUGGGGGGCCCCCCGGCACCUUCCCCCAAAAGGGAACUGCUGGGGGCUCCAGAUGCCAUUGCAGCUCGAGGGGCCCCUCUUGGGGGCCCCUUUGGAAACCCCAUGGGGCCCCCGGGUGCAGACCCUUUCCUGGGGGCCCCUUUGGGGGCCCCUCUGGGGGCCCCUGGGGGGCCCCCUCGGGGGCCCCUUGGGGGGCCCUCCUUGGGGGCCCCCGGGGGGGCCCCCCUGGGGACCCUGGGGUGCCCUUGCUUGCUGGCUGAGGAGCCAGAGGGCAAAGCACCCGCAGCAACUGCAGCAGCAGCAGCAGCAACAGCAACAGAAGCAGCAGCAACAGCAGCAACAGCAGCAACAGCAGAGGCAGAGCUGCUGUUUGUUCGACUCAGAGAAAAAGAGGCGAGCUGUCUGUACACCCCAGCGCCGUUCGUUGCAGCAGCAGCAGCAGCAGCAGCAGCAAGCGCAGCAACUCGCUGUUGCUGCAGCAGCAGCAACAGCAACCGAAGCAAAAGGCUGCAGCAGCAGCAGCAGUAG